AAAAAGUUUCGUUAGAUGAAUAAGUUUUGACGAAAGAAAAAUUUGUUGACAAAAUCACGUUCAGUGUUAGUACUAAUGCAAUUGAAGAGAGACAGAAAAAUGCGCGUAGCUCUCCUCAGUUUAGAGUGUGCGUUCGGCAGAGACAGUUUAGCGAAAUUACCCGAUGAACGAUCAUGUCGCUUUUCUUCAUAAACAAUUUUUCUAUAAAAAUCAUAGUGUGAAAAUCUUGAAAGUGUUGUUUUCAAAAGAGGAAUUAAUAGUUAUCAAUGUUAUAGAUUUCGAUUAGUACAGUGAAAAUAUUACAACGGCCUUAUUGAGAAAAAAAAUCAAAUAAUCUUUAUUCGCAUGUAAAUGCUCAUUGGAUCUCGUGUGUAGCUUAAGUAGUAAAGUAAUAUAAAAAUUAUGGAAGUGAGCGAGUAUCAAGCGCAGGAAAAGCAAAUCAACGAUGGAGAUAAUGGCUUCGUCUGGCAUGACUAUUUGGAUGCCAGUGAGAGUUUUGAAGUUCCACAAAUUAUGUUUCCACAUGUUGAGUUGACGUUGCAAAGCGGCAUAGAAAUUGGAAUGGCCCUGGAAGUUCCAACUUCCAAGGACACAACGAAAAAUGUUUCUUAUUGGGUUGCAACAAUAGUGAUGGCUUGUGGACCUCUGUUGAGGCUGCGAUAUUUUGGCGGCGACGAUAGGGCCCUAGAAUUUUGGUUCAACUUAACUAAAGAAGCUGCUCAUGAAUUGGGAUGGUGCGUCAGAAACAACAAAAAACUGGAACCUCCUGAAGCUGUUCUCCAGAAAUCUCCUAACUGUUUUGACCAGUUACCCGAAUAUCUCAUGUCUGCUAAAACAGUGCCUCAGGAAAUGCUCACAGGGGAGGGUCUAAGCAUGACAGACAAAAUAAAACAAGGAAUGAAAGUCGAAGUCAGUGAUAUGCACCAUCCCUACAAACUAUGGGUUGCCACGAUAAUCGAGAACGUUGGUGGCCGUUUAUUGUUGCGUUACGACACACCGGGGACACGUGUGAAGGAUUUUUGGAUGUUUUGUACAACUGAGCACUUGCACAAAUACGGUUUCGCUUCAGAAUCGGAUUCGCGAUGGUUUCUGGAGCCACCGAGUUCAAUAGUAGAGAUGCAUACGUAUGAGGAAUGGAAAGAGGUGACGGAAUCAUGUCCAAAGAAUAACGAGAAAUCAGGAAAGUUGUUCGAUCACGAGGUGGAGCAUGUGCGACAUAGAUUUAAGGUGGGAAUGAAAUUGGAGGCGAUCGUGCCGUCGCACAGGACACGUUUUGCUCCGGCGACAAUAACGAAGGUGUUCGACGACAUUUUUUUUCUUGUUCAAAUCGACAAUCACGACGAGUACAAAAGUUCACGACGAGAAAAAGAACAAUUAAGAUUUCAUCAAGUAUCUGAGAAAAAUACGUGGCUCUGCACAGCUGAGCACCCCUACAUAUUCCCGGUUGGUUGGGCGAAAAAACACGGACUCAGACUGGCAAAACCACGAGGCUGGUCGUACGAGAACGAUCAGUUCGAGUGGGACUCUUAUUUGAGAGAAACUGAAUCGUCACCGGCUCCCGAGGAAGGUUUUGUCAAGAGAGAAUCGGCAAUCGAGGCUGGCUACGAAGCGGGAAUGAGGCUCGAAGCGGUAGAUCCACGAGACGAAAAUAUUAUUUGCGCUGCUCACAUUGCUAAAGUGAUGGAAGAUUUGUUGUGGAUCAAAUUAGACAAUUUCGAUGACAGACGCGAUCACAUUGUGCAUAUGCAUUCUAUGCAAAUAUUUCCCGUUGGUUGGUGCGAAUCCAAUCAUUAUCCGUUAAAACCACCUCGCGAUUACGUUGAAGUGUGCAAAAAAUUGCAAAAAUCACCCAGAGAAGAGGAACGGAAAACGGCUGUCGACAUUCCUAUCUCCGAACCAAGGUCCUCUCUGUGGUGCCCUAAAAUUUAUUUCAAUUAUCGCUGCUUCACCGGACCCAUGAUUUCCAAAGGAAAACUAGCCACUUUGCCCAAAGCUGUUGGACCAGGACCUGUAAUUCUAGUCAUGAGAGAAGUUUUGUCCAUGAUCGUCUCCGUCGGCUAUCGAAGUGCUCGUAUCCUCAAGGUUCUUCAAUGCGAUUCCAAACCCGAUCCGGGAUAUCAUCUCGAAGUCCUUAAAGCCAAACACAAAAAUAACGUCUAUCGAGCCAAUGUCGCUGUCAUCACUUCCGGCGAUAUGGUUUCAGAAUUUUGUCGCAGUAUAUGCAAAAAAUUAAUGGUUUGCCCCAAUUUGUUCGGCCCUCUUCACGUCCCGGAAGACGAUUGUCCUGACAGGUGCCACAAAACCUCGAAAAAUAAAUUCACAACCGUCGUGAAUUCAACGAGUAAACGAGGAAAGCCAGGUUACACGAGUAUAUUGGUACAACGACGAGCUUGGGGAGGCCGGCGUAAGAGGAGACGCGGCAGAUGGGCAAACAGGGAAAGAGAAAUAGCGAACACGUACGACAGGGACGACGAGAUGCCAUAUUUGUCAUCGGACUUGGCAAAAAAUGUGUCGGAAAGUCCAGAAGAGAGUCUCGAAGAUAGACAACAGUUGUCGGAAAUAGACAUAAUGAUACAAAAAGAUAUUGAAAAGCCGGAAAAGUCGGACGAUCUCAAGGGCGAGUUACCUUCGAGUAACAACGUAUCCGACGACUCGAGAAGCUCGUUCAACGACCGUAAAAGCAAAGACAGCAAUGUCGGGAGUCCCGGUAGCAUGAAUUCUAAAGGUACUUCCAGUAAAUUUAAUCAAAAUGGGAACUCGAUCUCGAGGCCGGGUAAACGCGAUCGUGAAUGGGACACCAGUAUCGAAUCCGACUGCUCCGACGCCGAUGCUCGGUAUGUCAAACUUCAGAAGAAGCAGCGACGUCCGAAAACGAGAAAAUUGGAAUCAAAUCCACUCUUCUGGACCGUCGACGAUGUUUUCCGAUACUUACGCAAAACUAACGACUGCAAAGAUCUUGCUUAUCGUGUCAAACAAGAGGAAAUAGAUGGUUUAGCCUUCCUAUUGCUAAAUUUGCCCUCGCUAACGGAGCACAUGAAGCUACGAACGAGCUUGGCGAUGAAAUUGUGUCGCCACGUUGAGCAGGUCAAGGUGACAUUUUUCCUGAGACAUAUCAACGAAGUUGAGCCCGAGCAGUACCAGAUAGUAUAAUUUCUUGAUAACCACGAGGAGGAAGAAAGCUAGGAUUCAAGAUCGUUGAAUCGAUGCACGAAGAGGAUCGGUAUUACGUUAUGAAAAGUUUGCUGUUUCAUGUUUGUUUCGAAGCAAAAAUGUAGUGUACAGUCGUCGAUUCGAUUGGCUGUGUGUGACAGCCAAUUGAAAAACUGUUCGUUCCUUCCCGAAGAUUUUUUUCGAGCUGGAACAAAAAGUCAUUAUUUUCUUUACACCUUUACAUGUAUACGUUUUUUUAAAAACAAUUCAUUCACGCUUAUUCGUUAUCUUUGUGAAUGAUCGUUUCGAGAGACUGCUGCUACAAAAUAUUUUUUUCCAUUUAUGUGUGCACAUUCUCAAUGCAUCUUUUAUUUAUAUUUAACUAUUGUUAUUAUUAUUUAUAUACUUCAACACAUGAAUCGAUGGAAGAGUGAAGCCUGAUCGAAUUUUCAGUCAAAAUCUUGUAAAAAAAAUAAAACUUCAGAGUAAGACGAUGUAUAGAAUAAUACAUUGUUUCUUUGCAA